CCUUUCCCCAACUAUCCUCCUCUGCCCUUCUGCUCCGUGGCUUUUUUUUUUCCUGUCCUUACCUAGAACUCUUUUCCCCUUGCCAACCUCGACUUUCUUGCAGGUUCACUUGCCAUCACCAGUCUCACGAGCGGAACUUUACCUACAAUCACCUUCCCAUCGCGGUUUGGCUUCAAGCGUCUACCACGCUACUCUAUCAGUCGCUCUUAAUCGGGCCUUCAAAAACGCAUGCUUUAUCGCAGCGUCGACCAUUUCCAAUCGCAACUGAACCCAGCCCGGUCACCAAGCGCGCAAGAAUUUCGCAAGUCCGCAUCAACGGAACGACCUAGCUUUCCCAAGGCGCGAGAAGUAGUAAGUCACACACCUUUCGUUAUGUUUAUUUUCACCAGCCCUUGCGACCCAAGAUCCAAAACAUUUGUGCUGUUCGCCAGAAUGCACAGAUGGUGCUGCGCCCCUUCCCCCUUCCUUCACCCCCUUUCCACAGCAGUUUCCAUCUGGAAGCGCACUUACCUUGUGUCUGCAACCACAUUUACCACGAGCGCGGACGAGCUAUCCGUCAAUGAACCCUGCAUUCUCGAAAACUUCUCCUCGUUGACAAGGUCUGCUCUUCCGUCUGGGUCAUUGGACACUCUCUUCCUUUCCUCUCAUGUCUCAUCGUGCCUUUUGCAGUGCAUCUUCCCCCUCCAUCAGACCUCGGGUUCAACCCGAACCGUGUUGCUAUUUCACUGUCGCGAUCUGAUCCUUUUGGCCUUUUCUCCGAUCUGUCAGCGGGCCAGUAGCGUGCUCAUACUUUCUAGCAGGCCACAGAAGCGUUCCAUCUCAACCAAUCUCCCAAUGCCGUCCGUCAUCAACAACGAGAUGGCGACUCACGAUGAUGAGUCAUCGUUGAGUUUUUCAACAGAGUCAUCAAUCGGUAUGUUUUCCCCUUCUUACACAGUCGAUCUCUAUAUGGUUCAAUUAUCUUUGCCCACGACACGUCGUCGCACGGGCUCUGGGUUUGAUGUUUGCUUAGUGAAAGAGAAGAACAAAAGAAAACAAAGUCCCUGAGCGAGAACAGUGGCUACAACGAAACGGCGAGGCAUCCGUCGAGUUACUAUGCACUGCAACGGAGUGGCAUCCGAGAUACUAAAGACACCAAUACGGAGUGGCAUCCGUCAAGAUACCAAAACAGGCACUUGUCAAAUACUCAGCAGACUCAGGCAUCUAUUUACCAAUGAAAAUCAAAAAUUCACUCACGACGUUCUCAAAGCAUU